AUUCUAAUACGUUUUAAGUUGGAGUGUUGCGAGGUGCUGAUUCUAGCUGGAUGCUACAGUGAAAUCGUGUUCACGGUAUUUCUGAUGAGAAUGUGAUGAAUCGCGGGAACUGGCAUGCUUCCUGGAUGGAGAAGGGUGGUCGAAAGCUAACGAUGGGUUUGUAGAACUCUUGUUUUAUGGGUAAUACUUCAGCAACUGCUCUCGAAGCCUAUUCAGCAGGGGCUGAAUCCGAAGCUAGUUGAGGGGCGUUAGGGUUUGUGUUUGACGCUGGAUCGGCGAAAAUGUGGAGGUCUAGGUGUUUGGGAGUUGGGUUUCUGUUGGUGGUGAUGUUGUUGGUUUCGGAAGCAGACCUGAAUGAGGACCGCGUGGCAGAGCUUAAGCACCUGCGAUCGCAGUCUAAGGAUGGCGUGAUUCGCUUAGAAGAGAGCAAUUUCCGCAGGUUUAUGGCGACCACGAAGCCCCGGCCUUAUUCUCUGAUCUUAUUCUUCGACGCCAGCCAGCUUCAUGCCAACACGGAGCUGAAAUUGGUGGAGUUAAGAAAAGAGUUUGGUUUAGUUGCAACAGCGUACGCGAAGCACAACGAGGGGACGGAUGCGGAUGCCAAGGUGUUCUUCUGUGACCUAGAAUUCAAGAAAAUGCAGGGCGUGUUCCAGCUCUUUGGGGUUCAAGCUCUGCCCCAUAUUAGGUCUGUUGCACCGGGAAGCGAAGAUCAGAAGGUGAGCGAGGAGAUGAAUCCGGGUGAAUUUCCUCGGACAGCCGAAGGAAUUGCAUCAUUUGUCACCGCGAAAACCAAGGAGGAAUGUGGCCCCAUUGAGCGGCCUUUACCUCUUAGCAAGGGCCAAAUCUGGGCCCUGUGCAUCUUGAUUCUGCUUGCUUCACCGUUCCUCCUGAAGUUUGUAACAUCUCCGAACUCGCCACUGCGGGAGCCUAGGCUGUGGUGUCUGGGAGCCCUAAUGAUCUACUUCUUCAGCGUUUCCGGAGGCAUGCACAACAUCAUCCGCAAGAUGCCGCUCUUCAUGCAAGACCACAACAACCAAGGGAAGUUGGUAUUCUUCUACCAGGGAUCCGGGAUGCAGCUUGGAGCUGAGGGGUUUGUGGUAGGGUUUCUCUACACUCUCGUCGGGGUUUUGUUAGCAAUCGUCACGCAUUUUGCCCCGCUGGUUCGGUCCAAAACCGUACAACGGCUCGUGAUGUUCCUCGUCAUCACUGUCAGUUUUGUGGCUGUAAGGAAGGUCAUCUCCCUUGACAACUGGAAGACUGGCUACUGGAUUUAUGCAUUCUGGCCAUCACGGUGGAUGUAGACUUACACAGCGAGGUGUGUUUUUUCAUCAUGAAUUCACUGUUGCCUCAUGAAUAUUGAUUCCGUUUAGAAAAAGCUUAUAUGCAGUUCUACCGAUUGCUUGUGACUAUCCUUCAUGCGGCGUCACAAGAGCAUUUUUGAGCUUUUGCUGCUCUUGUCAAGCUCAAGAUCAUGGCUUCACAGCAUCGAACAAACUGUCGUAAGUCCCAUGUGCACAACCCACCAACAAUUGUCUGCAACUCUUGCAUCUUUUUAUGUGCUUCAGCUUGACAAACUCAUCUGAAUAUAUCUCAAGGUUUUGUUAGGUUGGAAGAAUCGUGAUCUGCAGGUCUAGAAUGCUGAGGAAAGCAUGCAGGCCUUUGUCGAUGUUUGUUCAGGUUGGCUAGCAAACUUUGCAGCCAUUCUGGUUUCUCAAGCUGGAUUCCCAUUUAUGAUGUCUAGAACUGCUGCAAGUGACUGUAGAUUGAGUGUUGGGUUUGAACAAUGGGUGCCAAUGUGGACCCUAAUCCGCAGAUCAACGAUUGCAAACUAAUAAAUUUAUGAGUCCUUGAUCAAAACAUUGUAGAUAUUUGCCUACCAUGGUGGCCUAUUUCCGCAAUAAGAAUUGCAAAAUUAAUAGA